AUGAGUUCAGAUCAAUUCCCAAUCCAAACAGCAAUCAAAGACCACAACAUCAAUUUAGCCAAACAGCUCAUUUCAGAAAAACCCAAAUCAACUAUCUUGAAAGAUGAUGAUGAACGUACACCAUUACAUUGGGCCGUUUCCAUCAACAAUAGCGAUUUGGUUCAAUUCAUUGUUGAGAAUUUAUCCAAAGGAACAGAUAUCGAUGAAUUAGUUGAUGCUUCCGGAUGGACUCCAAUCCAUAUCAAUGCUUCAAUUGGCAAUGUUGAAAUCCUCAAUAUCUUAAUGCACACUGAUCCCCAACCUGAUAUAAACUUGGCCACAAAUCAAGGCACAACAGCAUUACAUUUAUCCAUAUCCAAAAACCACUUGUCCUAUGUCCGUAUACUUAUUGAUGAGUUUGGUGCAUCUUGUCGUGUUAAAGAUAAGAAGGGGUAUACGCCAUUACAUCGAGCUGCUUCAAUUGGAUCAAUUACCAUAAUUAAACAAUUGUUGAAUCUGGCUAAAGGUGUCAAUGUGAAUGCAAAAGAUAAUGAUGGGUGGACUAGUUUACAUCAUGCUUUAGCGGAGGGCCAUGCUGAUGCGGCUAUUUUUCUAGUUGAAGAAGGUGGUGCUGAUACUACUAUUGAGAAUGAUGAGGGAGAGACACCAAUUCAAGUUGCUGUUGAUGAGAAAGUUGCAAAGUAUUUUAAAGAGCAUGUUGAAAAGAAGUAA